AUGAGUUUCUCUUUGUUACGUACGCUUUGCGUUGUUGUCAGCGUCUGCGCCCUUUCCGCUCUUGGUGUGCUUGCGGCAACCAAGCGCGAGGCGUGCUUGAUGCGAAUGUAUCCGCAGAGUGCAGGUUUCUUUGGCGCGCUCGGUGCAACUGUUGCACUCGUUUUUGCAAAUCUUGGAUCUGCGUACGGCGCCGCCAAGGCUGGUGUUGGUGUGGCGCAUCUGGGCCUGUCGGCACCGGAAAAGAUUAUGCGCGGCAUCGUCCCAGUCGUCAUGGCGGGCAUCCUCGGUAUAUACGGUCUCAUUGUGGCGGUCAUCAUCAACAACAACAUCAAGACCGAGCCGUACACCUACUCGACCUUCGCGGGGAAUAUGCACCUCGGCGCGGGGCUGGCGGCGGGACUUGCCGCUUUGGCAGCAGGUCUCUCCAUUGGCGUCGUUGGUGAUACUGCAGUGCGGGCGUACGGCAAACAGGACCAGGUGUUUGUGGCGAUGGUACUCAUGCUGAUUUUCUCAGAGGCCCUGGGCCUUUACGGUCUUAUCAUUGCGCUGCUGAUGAACAACCAGGCUAAUAGAUAUGGGGCUCUCUGCGGUGCCGAGUAA